GCAGACACGAUCAACACCACAGCACAGCCCCAGUGGAAGAAGGAGCGGUGCUUCACGAUGGUCUUGGGUGGGAGGCUGUCCGUAGCAACCUUGUUGCUGUCGCUUCCGGCGACAGCAUCAGGGUUCCUAAUUCCGUCGUUCUGCCGCGGAUGCACGGCGCGAGCUUGGUGUUCAGCAGCAGCAGCGGAUCGACCUCCCUCUGCGGAUGCGGCGCGACGAAGGAGUCGGCUGCCCUUGAAAAAGGAGGACCUCCCGGACGAGACGCUCCGGCAGAUGGCGGACGCUGGGAGAGCGCUCAAGGAGCUCGAAGAAGAGUACUGGAAGUCCCUCGACCCCGACGAGAUCGCUAUCGAGAAAAAGUGCGCAGCGGGUCUCGCGUGCCUGAAGGCUGGGAUGCUCGAGAAGGGCUGCGAGUACUACACCUCCGCAGCCGAUUUAAGCCCACCGUCCGCGCGCACUUGGCCAUUGGGAGUGAUCCUUUAUUACCUCGGGCGAUACGAAGAAGCGGCAGUAAGGCUGGACACAGACAUCAGAUCCUUCGAGAAGCAAUUCGAGGAAUGCGCAACGGACGAACGAAUCUGGCAGGCGGCGGCAUGGAUCCGAGGAGCACGGGAGGCAGGGGCAGAUGUGGAGCAGGUCGCGGCGGCCUUGCCCCCGCUCCCAAUUUCGGAGCCGAACGCGCUCCGCAGGACCGUGUACAACAUGUUUCGCGGGGGACCAACCCCUGAAGACGUCCAACAGGUUGCCAAAGUGGGCGCUGGCGGAAUCGACUACUUCGGGGUGGAUUUUUUCUCCGAGGUGUUCUUGGGACUUUAUCACGAUGCGCACGGGAACGAGCUCGAAGCGGAGACGUACAUCCUGGCGGCGUGCGGAAACACGUACCCUAACCCCGACGACCUGUGGUACCACACCCCCAGGAUACAUGCCAAGGCUCGAAAUUGGACGAUUCCAGGGUAGCAAGCACUAUAGGCGUAGAACAUAGCUUUUCGUACAGUGUUUAGUCUGCAUUGGGGUGGCAGCUUUCCUGAUCUAGAAAAGGUCGCCGAACUAGAUGAUUCACUUUGUUUGCGGUUGAAUGUGCGCCAAGUUUGUUUGCCUGAGGCCCGGAGUGACUGACGCGGGCACGGAGAGAUUUUGCCAGGCGAAGCGCAUCGUAAUGUUGAUGAUAUCACCAACAGUAUAUCGGAAGGCUGAACUCAAGCCAAGUUCAGCAGUACAGAACAGGCACAAAUGCAAAUAUGCCGCAGCAACUGAACAGAUCGAACAACAAUGGUUACAUGGCCGUUUGAUGACAAAUCGAUCUGCGUCAUUUGGUGUUGGUAACCAGCAAGGCAGCACGACAUCGACAAGCUGGUCGUUGUCGAUGACUGAUUCCGGCCGAUGAAAAUGCAUGAGGCGAGCAGUUCGCUUGAACCAACCGUGCUUAUCAUUAAAAAUUGAGUGAAACG